UGACGCUGAUGGUGGCCAAGUUUAUUAAAAGCGCAGAACUCGUGAGCUACGGACGUGUUUGUGACACGCUCGAGCGCCUCUUGCAUACCAAUCUCCAUUUACGUUUACGUCUACGACUACGGCAGCAUCUCCUCCUCCUCCCGCGUCGGUUUGUCGCAGCCUCCGCCGACUUAAGCGCUAGCGCAUAUAGUGACUGUGAAUCGUGAUAUCGUGUCACAAUUGAUUGAAUUUUGUGUGCAGUCGCGUCAAGAAAAAAAAAGAAGAGAAGAGUAAAGAAAAAAACGAAGAUAUAAAAAUUAAUAUUACAUAUUAUUUGUAUUUGGCAAUAGAGUUACCUUUGUGUGCACGCCGGCAGCGUUUGAUUGCGUCGUCAUCCUCUAGAGCGAGGCUUACGGCAACUCAAGCUGUGGCGCUGGCUUUGGCUUAUUUGUUAUUGUUAUUCUGCCUACGCGCUAAUUAUUCGGCGCGACUUUAAACUCGUUCGCAGCAUUUGGGCAAUGCCCAAUUCUAAGUUGUUAAUAGCGUGACAAAUACGAAUAAAAAUACUGUAAAAAAACAAAGAAAUUUUCAUUAAAAAGUUUUACAAUCUUCCCAAACUUAAAAUGCAAACGCGCAAUUUGAAAUCGAAGCAGCGCUUUACCGUUACGCUGCUGAUCAGCGCGUCGCUAUUGCUGCUGAAUCUGAACGUCGCAGCAGGAAGGCCUGAUGUACGGCAAUCGCCAUUUGCUUUAGAACUGCAACCACCAUUGCUGGAGGUGGAAGCGUUCAAUGCAGCCAACAAGCGUGCCAUUGAUAGCUAUGGCAAUCCCAUUGAUGCACUGCGUCCCAUACAAACGCCCGAUGGGCGCAAGGUAGUCAGUGCCGAGGGCGUGCAAUUUGAGAUACCCAACUAUGCAUCGGGCAUUACAGAGAUACGCAAGCCAGCCGAUGAUUUGCUGCCACCGCACAUUGAUGCCAUUGCCGUAGCGGAGCCGAGCGACACAGCCAGCACCGAUAGCACCUCAUAUGCACCCGCACCAGCCACAUCAUUAACACCACCCAAGCAUGAAACUCCAUCCACGGAUGAGGCAGCGGGCGUUGCUGUUGAAGUAGAGCAGGCGCAGCUGCUGAGCGUGCAGCAGCAGGAGGAGAGCGCACAGUCGCCACAGCUCAGCCCAGGCACGUUGCCCGACUAUUUGCUUGCGCUGCAGCGUGAGGAUGCCAACAUAGCUGGUCCAUUGGCUUGGUCGCCGCAGCCAAAUGCUGCGCCACUUAGCGUCAUCGCUUGGGAUCUGCUGCCGCCGCUUGUGACCACCGAGGAGCCGCAGAUUAUAACCGAGCAGCAGCCCAUUAAGCAUGUGCAGGGCGUGGCACAGCCUGGCAGCAACAACAUACGCGUUAGCCUAAGCAGCGGGCAAGGUUUGAAUCCAGUGGCGCCAGCUACGCAGACGCUGAGUGCGGGUCAGGUGGCGGUGGUGCAGCGGGAUGGGCCUUUGGAUCAUGGCACCAAUGCGCAUGUAGGCAGCACCACAACGCCACGCAAUCCUGGACGUUUCCCCAAUCGCCAACGCGGCACAGUUCAUUAUAGCACCACCCAAAAGCCACGCAGCACCACAACACGUCCAACAACAAUCACAACAGCACGCACUACAACGACAACAACAACACCGAAACCAACAACAACAACCACAGCACGCACCACUACAACAACAACAACGACGACGCCACGCCCACGCAGCACCACCACCGAAGAUCCCGCCACUUUCUACAAGCUGGACAAUGAGGAUCAAUAUGCAUAUACGCUGCCUCCUUGGCUGCAGGAAGUUACCGAUCCGGAUCUAGAUGUUGCUGUUACCUUUAUAGUGCCCACAGAUAACGAUCAAUAUAAUCAUAGCGUCGCUGCCGAUUUGGAGCCACCCUAUGAGCCAUUUGUAGACUUGUCCAAUAUACAGCUGACGCCGCCGCCAACAACAACAGCCGCUACAGAGCCCACAACAACAUCAACAACCACUACAACAACAACAACAACCACUACUACUCCUGCACCAACAACCACACGCACCACAAUAAGAACAACAACUACAACUGCACCCAUUUUCAAAGCACAUCAACAACAGCAACAACAAAAUGUACUGAUUAGCCAAACAACUCCUACAGCUGCAACAACAACAACAACAACAACGACAGCAGCAACGCCUAUUGAAGAGAAUCCCUUUAAGAUUGCCACCUUGCCGCCCUGGCUUAAGGACUUUGACUACCCCGAUGUAGGUCCCGGCGUGCCUUACAAUCCCGACAAUUUCAAGGAUAACGCAGAUGUUGGCGCUCAAGCACCAGGAGCGAGUAAGCCAAAUGAUUUUGAGCCAAACGGCUUUCCUAAUCACAUCAGAUCUCAGUACACCACCAACGCACCAAUAGUUCCCACAACAACACCUAGAACAACAACAGCCAGAGCUUAUAGCAACACAGUCACCGCCACUUCUGCUUUUCCAUCCAAAGUCACGCUUACGCUUCCAGCCAACAGCCAAGCGGAGGGCAACGAGGAGCCAACGCUCGUGCUGAUUCCUCCGGCUGCAAACGCCGAUGAAACACCUUUCAAUACCGAAUCUAGCAAUAAUCCUAGUACAAUCAAUUUUGCAGUACGCUUCGAUGCGCCCGACUCCAGCACAGACAGCCAGAAGAUUGAGUAUACCAAGAGCGAUGACGGCAAGGUCAUAACCAGCACGCGCAAAGAAGCUCAAGCCAACAGCGUCUUCCAGACCACAGCACCAGCGGUUGUGGCAGCUCCUGCGGUCAAUACGGGCAAGUAUACGGGUGGUUUUGGCGCACCCCCUGGCCUGCUGCGUCCACAGAAUCAAGAGAACAAGCCGGAUAUCUAUGUGGCCGGCAAUAAUCACGAGUUCGGCUACGGUGUCAAAGCCAAUCGCGGACGUCCCGCGCAGGCCGCCAAUGGAGGACGUUAUACGGGCGGAUUUGGUGCACCCAGUGGUGUGCUGAGCGCGCAACAGGCGCCCAGACCCUUCCAGGCAGCACAGCAGUCCACGCCACAAUUAGUUGCCGAAGCUUCGAGUAAUCAACAAAGUCGUUUUGGCGGGCCACCAGGCGUUCUGGUGCCAUUCGACAAUGUGCAGUAAUGCAGCAUGUGGUGCAUAUUUUAAACAAUAUGCUAUUACAUCAAGUACUUUAAAUUAUUUAUAAAGUAUAUGUUUGUAUGUUAAAGAUUUUGUUACUGUCCGUGGCUGUCAAAUCGAAUUUUAUGCCGCCAGCUUCGCUAUUAUCUUGCAAAUUUUAUGCUUACAACUUACAUACGAAAUAUCAAAUGUUAUCUAAA